UGGGCGCUGAGGGCACGUGGGCGUGACGCGUGAGCCACAGAGCCCGGGCGCUCCCCACUCCCCACUUGCUUUGUCUUCGCUUCUGCUUGCAGCUUCACUUUUGGCUGCACUCUCCAGCCAUGAAGCUCCUGGUGCUGUCGUUGGCCGUGCUGCUGCUCAUGUCCCACCUCACCCCAGGUGUUGCCCAAAGAUGCUGGAAUCUUCUUGGCAAAUGCCGCCACAGAUGCUCCAGGAAGGAAAGUGUCUAUGUUUACUGCACCAAUGGUAAAAUGUGCUGCGUCAAACCCAAGUACCAGCCAAAACCAAAGCCAUCGUGGUUAUUUUGAGGGCUUUGAAGUCUGAAGCCAGGAAAAUGCAGAAGUUGCCCAAACUCUGGCCCGAGUGGAUUCUUGAGCUGUGUCAAUAAACACCUCUGGCUGAUCA